AUGCAGAUGUUGGCCGCCAAUUAUGCCAAGCUCUCCACGACGAUGACAACUCCAUCUGGAGCUAGGACUAGAGGUAGGAUGGAUAUUCGCGAUAUAACCUGUUUUAAGUGUGAUAAUAAGAAUCAUUACACAAGAGAUUGUGUGGCGGAAAGAACUAACCAUCGGAAUGAAGUAUCCACACAAGGGACUAAACAAGAAUCAGAAGCCCAAUAUGUAGAAUUGAUGGAAUGCGAGAAUAAGGUCUACCACAUUACCAACAGAUACCAACUGUAUAAUCGAACCCGAGCCGACAGAAAGACUGGUCCGGUAUGGGAAGGACGUCUGCGGAACCACACCACCGAUGCGAGAGCGGAAAAGAUCCAAGACCCCAUGAUAGAAGGAGAAGCCCAAGUGGAAGAAUUACCCACCACACCUGAGGAACCAGAAGAAAUCGCCGUUGACGAAGGGAUUCGACAAAUUGAAGUCGAUGAAGAAUUAGGACAGGAAGAGCGAGCAAGAAGACUUACCGACCAGAAGAAACGCCAAACCAAGCCAUCGUACUAUGAAACAUCUUAA